GGCUCACUACAACCUCCACCUCCUGGGUUCAAGCGAUUCUUCUGCCUCAGCCUCCCAAAUAGCUGGGAUUGUAGACAUGCAUCACCACGCCAGGCUAGUAUUUGUAUUUUUAGUAGAAACAGGGUUUCAUCAUGUUGCCCGGGCUGGUCUUGAACUCCCUACCUCAGCUGAUCCACCUGCCUUGGCCUCCGGAAGUCCCUCUUAUUAUAAGGACACUAGUCAUACUGAAUUCAGGGCCCAUCCUAACCCGGAAUGACCUCAUCAUAGCUUGAUGACAUCUGCAAAAAGACACUAUUUCUAAUAAGGUCACAUUCACAGGUUCUGGGUGGACAUGAACUUUGGGGGGCACUAUUCAACCGGGUAUAGCUGGUGUUCAAUCUCUAUACCCGGUUGAGGUUCUGAGAUAUGGAGGGUGUUGUUCUCUUGUCCUUCCCCACUGCUCCCAUCCCUCCCCCUUCCAGGUGUGAGGCGCACACUGAAAAUGCCACGCUCCUUCCUAGUGAAGAGCAAGAAGGCUCACACCUACCACCAGCCCCGUGCGCAGGAGGAUGAACCACUCUGGCCUCCUGCCCUUACCCCAGCAGCCAGAGACCAGGCCCUCAUCAACAGCCCUGUCCUCAGCACCCUAUUCCCAAGCCAGUGCCUAGACUGGACCAGCCUCAAACGAGAGCCGGAGCUGGAGCAGGACCAGAACUUGGCCAGGAUGGUCCCAGCACCAGAGGGCCCUAUUGUGCUGUCCCGACCACAGGAUGGGGACUCUCCACUGUCUGACUCACCCCCGUUCUACAAGCCCAGCUUCUCCUGGGACACCCUGGCCUCAACCUAUGGCCACAGCUACCGGCAGGCCCCCUCCACCAUGCAGUCAGCCUUCUUGGAGCACUCUGUCAGCCUGUACGGCAGCCCUCUGGUGCCCAGCACGGAGCCCCCCUUGGACUUCAGCCUCCGCUACUCCCCGGGCAUGGACGUGUACCACUGUGUAAAGUGCAACAAGGUGUUCUCCACCCCUCACGGGCUCGAAGUGCAUGUGCGACGCUCCCAUAGUGGGACCCGGCCCUUCGCCUGUGACAUCUGUGGCAAAACCUUCGGCCACGCCGUGAGCCUGGAGCAGCACACGCACGUUCACUCCCAGGAGCGCAGCUUCGAGUGCCGCAUGUGUGGCAAGGCCUUCAAGCGCUCGUCUACACUGUCCACCCACCUGCUCAUCCACUCAGACACGCGGCCCUACCCCUGCCAGUUCUGCGGCAAGCGCUUCCACCAGAAGUCAGACAUGAAGAAGCACACCUACAUCCACACGGGUGAGAAGCCGCACAAGUGCCAGGUAUGUGGGAAAGCCUUCAGCCAGAGCUCCAACCUCAUCACCCACAGCCGCAAGCACACGGGCUUCAAGCCCUUCAGUUGUGAGCUGUGUGCCAAGGGUUUCCAGCGCAAGGUGGACCUGAGGCGGCACCGCGAGAGCCAGCACAAUCUCAAGUGAGGCUGUGCCAGCUCCCAGCUCCUGGCCAGCCUGCCCUGCAAUCCUGUCACCUGGAAGCCAGCCUUACAUGCCCAGAUCUUUGGUCUCCUGGAGAUGGGACUGGACGGGAGUCUUCCAGCUUGUUUUGAGACUCACCAAAUUGCUGUGUGACCUUGGGCAAGUCACUUUCCUUCUCUGGAUCAACAUUUCUCCUGCUGCCAAGUGUGGGAGCCUGCCUGGGUCUUUCUGAACACAAGUUGUUUCCAGGUGUGCUCAGGUGCCUUCCUCUAGCACAGCACAGAAAGCUAAAAUACCCGCAGGGAGACAGGAAUGCCGAGAGUAGACCAGAGCUGGGACCCACGGAGAGGCCUGCUGCCCACUGAGCUGGGACUGGUCACGCUGGAUUUUAGUGGACCUCUUUCUGGCUGCAACAGGUAGAGAGUCAGAGCUGCCUCCCACCCCAGUCAGAGGCCUGGCACCCCCUCUACUUCGGCCAGAUGUGCUGACUGUCCCCUACUUCUGACCAGCACUCAGCUGGCCACUGGGGAUUCCAGUUCUACAGCCAGGCCAUGAGGCUGGAGAAAUUGGCAGUUACUGCUGUUGAAAGCCUGUUCUCUUAAUUGCUGUCAAUAAAAUUAAAGACACAGAUUUGCUGC